CUUUUUAUUACUAAGCUUUCUAUUCAGGCCUCUACUAUUCAUUUUCCAGUCUCUUAUUCAAAUCAAUGCAUGGUUGCUAGGGGAAGUUGGACCCUGGCAACCAGAUUGCUGAAAUUGCAAACUGGAGAGCUUUAUUCUAAUUAUUCUAAGGAAUUUAUUUUACUUUUUUUUUUUUUUUUUUUUUUGUAGAAACUUUCAAAAUGUCUGGCCGGUCAGCGCCUGUGGUUUCCUUCAGCUCUGUGGAUAACUCCCUGUCAUCUCUAAAAAACUGCCAGGGCUACCUACACACGGGAAUGGAUAUCACGGUCAGUGUGGCCCUCGACCUGCUCGAGACUGGAUGUGAAUCCACUGAGGUAGAUGCAAUGGAAUCAGUGAUGCUGGAAUAUUCAGCAAUGGAGAGAGAUUUAAAGCAAUACAUACACGCAGUGGAGGAGACUGUGCAGAAGUUAAGACGAGAACAGAUGGAACAAGUCCCCGAUCUCCAGUCUCUGGUACAAGAGAAAUAUGCAACGAUACAGAAAAAAAACGACGACGAAGACUUGAAGAAAAACGACCGAUUUGUUCAAUUUAAAGAUCAGCUUAGAGAAAUGAGAAAGCAAAUGGGAGAAAAAGAGGAGGGAGACGCGGCCUUUGAGAAUGUUGAUGAAGAUAUCGCAGUGCUGCCGAGCCAGCAGAACUUAACAUGCCCAAUUACACAGAUGGACAUGACAAACCCAGUGAAAAACAAAGUAUGCGGUCACACCUAUGAGAAGGAGGCCAUAGAAAGGAUGAUUCAAGACAGGCACCAGAAGAAGAAGAGGGUUAAGUGUCCCAAAGUUGGCUGCGUUCACUCCGACAUGCAAAUAUCGGAUCUUGUUCCAGACACCGCGCUGAAAAGGACCAUUGACAUUCUGAACAAACAGAAAGGCCGUCAUUGAGCAGAAGAAGUCAGCUGGCUGCGUUCCUUCCCCAAGAGAAAAGCUGGUUAAGUGUCUUAUGACAUAAAGUGCAGAUUGCAAACACGUUGUGUAAUUCUUUGUUUUUAUAUAAAGGACUCUCUUUGCCUGCGGAGCUGAAGCCUGCCAGACUGUGCGUGUAGAAGAAAAUGCUAUGGUAUAAAACCAGUAUUACCCUAGGACUUAUUACAUCUUCACUUAUGCAACUAAAAGGUUUAUUUAGUCAUCUCUCCCCAGAGCAGGACUGAACUACCUGCCGUCUGUAGAUAAUCAGGUAUUAUAACUCCCAGCAUCCACCAAGAACCUUUGAUUAUUGUUGGGUGCUUUUGGUUUAAUCUCUAUUCCUGUAGAGAUUUCUCUACUGGAAAUUACAUUUAUUACCAUAGUAUCUGCAGUCAUUAUAGGCUGUACAUAUCUGCUCUCUGCUCACCAGCAAGCAGUCGGUUUCAAUUGACUGUUACUAGUACUAGUUGUGCACUGCUCUACAACUACACUUAAUGCAGUAGGGUUUAAGGGGCAAAGCAUUUAAGAAAAACCUUUUUGGAGCACACACUCAAUGAAGGCAAACUUCCACCAGGCAAGUAAUUCAAAGUGAUGAAAGUUUAGGCGUUUCGUGUCAUAAGCACUUAAUCAUAGGCCUAUGAUUAAGUGUUUAUGACAUGAAAUGCGUAAGGCGUUAAACGUUCGUCACUUUGAAUUAUUUGCCUGGUGGAAGUUUGCCUUCAUUGGGUGCCUGCUCCAAAAAGGUUUUUCGGUUUGUCCGCUACCCGUGCUAAGGGCUCAGGGCGGUGCAUCUGGGCCUCUUCCUUCUUGUGGUGAGUUAUCACUUCAUACCCGGAGACCCUAAUAUCUCAGAUUUAUUAUUGAUAUUACAAAGCAUUUAGGCACAUGUUCCUAAACUGGGGUUUUGGUUUGGUGGGCAGGCAGGUAAGUAGGGGCCUAUUUUGGCCAGUAAUUUAGAGUAAAUUUAGGGAAGAGACACACGCUCAGAUUCGGGGAGAGCGACAAAUCUGCUCUUCUUCAGGGUGACUAAUCUCCCGAACUGGAGAGCUUCGUUUUCUGAAGUCGCUAGAAGUUUCCUCGUGAAGCAACUUCGGGCAACUUCAGAAAACAAAGCGCUCCAAGUGCCAUGCCGCUGGCAAUUUACAUUCUAGCCGGAGGGAAGGCAGUUCAUGGAGAUUAGUCGCCCCGAAAAAGAGGAGAUUUGUCGCCAGGCGACUAAUCUCCCCGAAUCUGUGUCUCUGCCCUUAAUAUAAGUUUCCCAAAAAGGAUGGUGCCUGCCCAGAUGUUGGACCACGGGGGUGGGGGGCUUUAAGCCAGGGCCAGAUGUUGCGGAUCCACAGGCCAAGAAUCUGUUUCUCCUCUACUGUUCAAUGUGCCUACACCUGAAUAUAUUGCCUCAGAUAGGGGGCAUCAUGCAGAUAUGACCCAAAAUGCAAAAUGGUGCAUUUCAGUGGUAAAAACCACCACGUCGGUCAGUACCUGAGUUGACCCAAUGUAUUCAGAUGCAUGAACUUCAAGCAGCAACAGAGGAGUGGAUUCUCCCAGGCCAAGAUCCACAACGUCUGGCCCCAGCCUUAACUGGAAGAGCUAAAUGUAUCCUUAUACUUAAAAUGUUUGCUAUCUGUACUAUGAUUGCUAAAAAAAAUGAUUGUGCAAAUGUGUUGUGGGGUUUUUUUUUGUUCUUCUUUUGAAAUAAACCUUGAUUUUCAAUGUUCUCUAAA